UCUUCUUCCCUCUAUUUCAGCCUCUCCUCCUCCUCUCACCGUUUGUAUCUUUAACCUUCUCUCUGUUGUCUCUGCUGUCUUUGCACAUCACACAAGGUCGACACUCCUAAAUUCAUCUCGUGCAUUGAAUGCUUUUGUGUACUUGUCCUACGUUUGUCCCACAGUUUGAUCUCUGUAUGUUGCCUCUUAUAGCAGCAGUAGGUAACUUUCUGUCACAAAACGACUGAAGAAAUAUCUGCAGGUUGUUUAUCAUCACCAAUGACUCAAGGAUAAUUUUUCCGUGUUGAUAAUUCUGGCUCUCAGAACUCACUCCCUGGCUCAUUCUGCUUUGGAACAAAGCAAUAUCAAAAUGCUUUCCAAUCCUCCCCCACCCUCACAAGCUACUCAUUAUCCUUUUGUCAUGCUCAAUAGUGAAGGAUAUUGCAACCAGUGUUGCAACUGUAGAAUUGUAGAAAAAUAGGAUACAGAUACAUUGAUACAGACAUCAGUGUCAGUGUCACAACCUGUGUUUCCGGCUGCUCACGAGCAGCUGAAAUGUUAAGUUAACAUAAAGAUGCUACACUGAAAAUCAAAGUUAAAGUAUAAUAUAAAAUAUGUUGCCACAGAGGAUUAUUACAUGACUCUGUUCCCUUCAGCUCUACAGAGCACUUUAGUGUCUUUCAACCUUGCUUCCAGCAGCAGCAGGCAGCUGUUUUCAGCUUAAAAAAAAAAGCUCAGAUAAACCCUCAGUACACUGACAGCGCAGUACCAAACAGUAGGUGGUGCUGGGAUAGAUAAAGUGGAGCAUUUAGCUACUAAAGUGGAGAAUACCCGGGUGCAGCACUUAAAAGAGUGAAACUUCAUUUUGAUAUCCUUACCCUUGUGGUAAAAAAGUCUUUGUGUAUCCAUAGAGUAGCUGGUGGUUUUCCCCAUCCCUUCAAUCCAGUCUGUCCAGUCAACAUCUGUUAGGUUUUCAUUCACUAGAACUGCAUCUUAACACAGUUUUGUAAGGUCUUCAUCAUUCAACGACUAAAACUAAAACACAUGUUCUCAAGCCAAAUAAAAGCAACAAAGCAGUGUUAUUAUUGCUGUGCUACAUGUUGAUAUAUCAUAUUUUUUGUCAGACUUUUCAAUUGGACCUCUGUUUAAGUUAAAAAACGUAACGGACUGCGUCGGUGAGGGUGUGUUGCCUCAGGUGCGGUGAGAGGAUGAAAUACGAUCCAUGAGACCAGUCUUAGUAAUAGAUCCAUGAGUCUGAUGGUUUGUCAUAUGUCAAAACACUCUACAGCAGUUUAUAAUACUAUGAAACAGGGUUUAAAGUCAUCACAGUGACCAUCAUUGUCUCCACAAUCGCAAGGUGAACGGUAGAAUUCAUAUUACAAAGUAAAGAAUUGUGUACUUGCAUGUGUUUGACUGGCCAAAGCAGUGCAUUGCAAUCUGAUGUUGUAAGUUUUUUUUAAGGAGCACUCUGCCCUGGAGCUCCUACAUUUAUCAUUGAAAUGAAUGAGUUUCAUGUAGAGCUACUGUUGGUCUGAACUUGGCUGUACUCUUCUGCUGUGAAAAUGCGAUGUUGCAUCAAAUACAGGAAAUGACUGGGACAGGAUGGGCGGGGUUCCACAGUGAAGCUGCAGUCAGACUAAAAUCCACUGCGGUGGUGUGGCCAAAAGCAGGGGGGGGGACGGUGUAGGUAUAGUAGGGUUGUAAACAUAAACUGUAGGAGUUAGCAUGGCUAGCAUGCUAGCAACAACAGUCCUAAAAGUUGUGAAUUAAAAGCUUCUAAUCAAACAUUUACUGGCAUAAACUCUGUCUCUGUCCUUACACUCACUGCAGCCAGGCAGCAUCUCUCCUCCUCUUCUGUUUGUACUAUUUCACUGUUAUAAAACAAUCUCACCCUGUCUCUCAAACCUCUUAGAAUUUGGAGACCUUUGUGAUUUUUGGUGUCAAAGUUCAAUCAGAUUGAACACAAAGAAGCAAUCGGAAGCAAAUGAAUCUCACCCUGUUCCACUUGGAUGGGAAGCGGACUAUGCUAUAAAAUGCAGUUGUUGCACGUCCUGCUGGUCACCAGUAGGCGUCACAGAUUACUCUAACAGAAGAUGAUCUGCCAACCAGCCUUCUGACAGCAGGUUUGUGUUGCAGCAAGUUGCUCAGAAUAGACGACACAGGCUGCAACAGCUCUGCUGCAUGAUGGAGAACCUCUGUAAUGGAUACUCAUGCUAUUACUAUAGUAUGACUGUAGACCUUCUGUCCACAUGGAGUGUUGCUGUUCCUAUGGGGUCAUAGUUGGUCUGUAACAUUCCAACAGGAAGUCCCACCUCCUCCUCCUCCUCCUCCUUUUGUUUUAAUGAAGCCCCUGGGAGGUUCUGGAAAGCCCUGGAACUGAAUGCAGUCCAUCCCGUCCAAACCGCCGCCUCCUCUUCAGUCCCAGUGAGCUUGGACCAAACCCUGUGCUGCCUCCUGCGCACUGCCCUGUCGCCAAUGGCAACUGCAAACAGGACGGGACAGGGUCCUGCUGAAAACGGGGCUAUGAUUUCAACAGAUGUCACGACACAGGCAACAGAAAAGCUCGGCUCUGGGCCGUGUGUGUUUGCACGAAAUGGAUCACACACUGUUCGGCUGCCUGCGGAGCCCUCACGCCCCGGCACAGGCCCUGCAUCCCGCCUUCACCCAGUCUCCCCUGACUCUGCACGGACGCUCGGACCACGUCUCCUACCCUGACCUGGCCUCUUCAUCCUCCUCCUCUUCUACUUCCUCACCCUCGCCCUGUAUCAUCUCCAGCUACCCGGCCGAUGACGGCGUGUUCUCCGGGCAGCACCACCACCACCCCCACCGCGGCCACCUGCCCUCCCAGCAGCAUCACCACCCGCCUCAGCACCAUGCAGCUUGGCAUAUCCCACAGAUGCCAUCACCUGGCAGCACGCGCCACAACCUUUGCCACCCGCACUCCCACUCAUCCCACGACAGCGGGCCCACACCCCCGGAUCUGGGCCACCCUGGUGGGCCCAGCAUGUGUGCCAGCACCCCGAGUCUGGUCAGCGGCAGCACCCCUACAGGGGCCUCCUGUGUGCCUGCAGACUUUGGCAGACAGACUCUGUCACCUGCUGAGGCUGAGAAGAGGAACAGCAAGAGGAAAAGUGACAGUUCAGAGUCCCAGGACGGGAAUUACAAGUCAGACGUGAGCAGCAAGCCCAGGAAGGAGAGGACGGCGUUCACCAAGGAGCAGAUCCGAGAGUUGGAGGCUGAGUUUGCCCACCACAACUACCUAACCAGACUAAGGCGCUACGAGAUCGCUGUCAACCUCGACCUCACCGAAAGACAAGUGAAGGUGUGGUUCCAGAACAGGAGGAUGAAGUGGAAAAGAGUGAAAGGAGGCCAGCAGGGGGCCGCAGCUCGAGAGAAAGAACUGGUGAAUGUGAAAAAGGGGACAUUGCUGCCAUCAGAGUUCUCUGGCAUCGCAGCGCUCCACCACUCGACGGACUCCUUAGCCAACGAGGACAGUCACGACAGCGACCAGAGCUCCGAGCACGCUCACUUAUGAUGCACACACAACCAUCCCCGCCCCCCUCAGAGUAUAGGCCCUGCCUCUGCCUCAGGACCGUCCUUAGAAGGACUGCUGUUUGCUGAUUUGCCAUCGUCAUACAACGAUGCUAAAUAAGUGUACAAAUGUACAGAGGAAUGACGUGUGUUAGAGAAUGCAGUCAUCAUGCAGGCAAAAAAUGUAAAUUUUAAAGAACUGAGCACAUAAAGGAAGAUGUUGACAUAUUUCAAAGUGCCAUUGGUUAAAAAUGUCCUUGAUAAAAGCCAAAAAAAAAAAAGAAUAUUAUGACUAUUGAAAUGUGAUGUUUUGGCUACAGAAAUUCACUGAAUAUUGCAGUAAAUUUUGGAAAUCAUAAGUGUUGUAAACAUUCCAUGUUGUGUGCCUUGAGAGAAGCAGGCUAAGGCUUUGAUUUGCACUGUUGAACAUACAGUCUGCACCCCUACUGUAUAAAAUGUACAUUAUGAUGUAAUUGAGUUAUUGAUCAAAUCAAGUGCCAGGAAAUCAAAUUUGCCUAGCUAAUAUAAAUGAUCUGUAAAUAAUCCUCAGUAUUUUCUUACCUUAACAGCAAUACACUAUAAUAAACACUGACAAUUCGUAAGUCAACACUUUUUUCUGCCUGGAGAUGACAUUUUGUAAACAAAAUCUGAAACCUGAAAUAAGUCUUUUAUUAAAUCUUUUCAGGGACAGUUGCAAAUUGAAUAAAAUUUAACCAGUGGUAAAAGGAACUUCUUAUGAACUUCUUUCCAUUCAUUUGAAUGCAGG